GUGUUGAUUUAGACAUAUAUCCAUGAUUUAGACUUCACAAUGGCAGAAGAUGCUGGAUUUGAAGGUAAUUUGAUGCUGCAGAGUUUAAUUGACGAGAUUAAUACGGCUGAAGAAGAGCUCAACAAUCUCAGGGCGGAGUUAAAGAACACCGUUUAUGUAGAAGGAGAAGAGAGCAUUCUUUCUCAGGCUCGUUUCCUGCAGGAAGAAACUCGUAUUUUGAAAUCUGCUCCCCCUGAUGGAUUUGUAGAGGAUAAGGGAGUUCAAUACUACUUAGCCCUUGGUAUACUUGAGAAACAGAUAAAGGAGCUCAGAAGUAUCACUAGUAUAAGUGAAAGUCAUAUCACGAGCAAUCAGCAGAUUUUAAAAGAACUUGAUUUAGUCAUCGCAGAACAAGAGAAACUCGUGAGCAAGAUGGAAAAUGUGGUUGCUGAAAGAACAAAAGAGGCCCUGACAGAUGCUGGAAAAGCCGCAGCGAGGAGAAAAGCGGAGAACGAGCUGCGAGCUACCAAGAUGAUCUACAGGGACUUCAAGACGUUCUUCCGUGAGUACCUUAACAAAGUGGGAAGCUUGGACCCCAGCAUAGAGGGAGAUGAUGUACCUGUGGGGUAUCUUCUACAGACCUUGUGGUCUACCUUCCAGGAGGAGGAUAGGGAAGGAUGGAUCAAUAUUCAGGAGUUAAGUUAUGAUGUGAGGAAGGAAGAUGUGCAGAAACUUCUUCUCUCUGGGAUAAUUCAGGAGAAGGAAGAUACAAACUUUAUCCAGUUGGUUGACUUUACCAUGCGAUUCUAAUCAAUCAAUCAAUCCAACAUGAAAACCUAUCAAGGAAACUUAAUGAUGAUGAGUUGAGGAUCGUGCAUAUUUUAAACAGUUUAAUUAUUGUGAUUUUACAACACCUGAGAUACCUGGUUUUUACGCUUUGAUACAGAAAACAGUAUUUUAUUUUCAUAUCUUUUCAGAA